AUGCUUGUACAGUUCUUCGGAGCCAAACCGCACCGAACCAGAGCUCUCGAACGACAUGCUCCUCCGCCCUACUUGCAUGAAGGGGAGUUUGAGAAACUCCCAGUAUACGCUGCUUGUCCAUGUCCGGGUGCGGAUAAGGAGCCCAUAACGCUCGCUCGCUAUUUGUUUGUCUAUGGCUUCUUCUUUCCAGUGUUUUGGAUAGUCGGAGUUGCUAUAAUCUUCUCUCCACUUCGACCUACUCCUGAAUGGGAGACUGCAAAAUCUGAAGAGGAGAAGCAAAAGCUGCUUGCGGAGAUGCGUGUUUCAGAACUGAAAUGGGCGAGGCGCUGUUUAUACGCCAUGGUUGCACUUUUGGUUCUCGUUAUCGUGUUAGUAACCACCUUUUUUCUGAUAAGACGGUGA